UUCCUGGCCAGUCGGCCCUCCUCGACCCCCGUCGGCCGCACCACCAGCCGCGCCAGACUCGGCCGGCACGUGGUGAUAGCAGCAGGCGCGCAGGCUAUCCCGCCGCUGCCGUCGUGGGCCUCGGCGCGCACUCUGUGAUAGAUCGGGCAUUACCAGGAUGGAGAGCGGCCAGUGGGGGAGGUGGCUCCCUCUGCUGGUGCUACUGGCGGCGUCUGUGAUACCGGCCAGCUCAGCACCACUUGAGUGGGAUGAAGACGAACCAGGAUGCUUUCACAUGAUGCAGCACUACAACAACGGCGACCAGAUUGUGACGGACGAGCCGUGUCUGAACUGCACCUGCCGCAACAACAUGCUCAUGUGCUUCCUGAAGGUGUGCCCCUACGUGAUGCCUCUGACGAAGGGGUGCUCCAUGGAGAAGAAGCCGGGCGACUGUUGCGCCACCGUGACGUGCGAGCAAGUUCCCGUGCCCAUCAUGCAGAUGCUGGGCAUGAUGAACCAGACGGCGACGACGGAGGUGCCGCCGACCGCGCUCAGUCCGCUGGCCGUCGGCGACGCCGGCUGCCAGGUGGAUGGACAGUACUAUGCUGAUGGCGCCCAGGUGCCAUCUGACCCGAAUGAGCCCUGCGACGUCUGCUACUGCAUCCGGAACCACACAGCUUGCGUGCAACAGGAGUGCACGAUGAGAGUGCCCGGGUGCCAGCCUAUCUACGCGGAAGGCAUCUGCUGCCCUGUGCGAUACGUAUGCGAUUACGAGACGACCACGCUAGCUCCCAUCACCACCCUCCGGCCGGACGCCGGCAACACCGGCUGCGUGCAAAACGGCGUGUUCUACAACGACGGCGACCAGAUUCCCUCGGAGGACCCGUGCCAGCACUGCUACUGCAUGCACUCGGAGGUCAAGUGCGCCAUACAGGACUGUGCCUCACCCCUGGACCACGCCCACGCCCAGUGCAAGCCGGUGCCUCCGUCGCCGGGCCAGUGCUGCCCUGACCAAUACAACUGUGGUGGUAUUACUCACGGCGGCGGCAGCGUCCCUCCCGGUGGCGCGGCCACUGACGGCGAGGAGGCGGCACAGACCGAGGAGAGCAGUCCGCUCGAGCAGGCCACCACCGGACAUGGUCCAGCGUCCGAGCAAGCUUCAGAGGGCGAUACUGUCGCGCCGGCAGGUGGCUCUGCCAUCGAGCAGCCCUCGCAGACGGGGGAAAGUGGGUUGAUCACGGGAGUGGACACUGUCGAAGGGGAUCAAGAACCCGGAGAAGGAGCAGCUGGUGACGAAACCGAGCUCAUUGAUUCGCAGGGCGUUGUCCAGGUUCCUGAUGAGGAGAUCGAGACCAGUGGAGACGGCUUACAAACCGAUGGCUCGGGAGUCGUUCCGGAGACCGACGGCUCGGGAGCGCUUGACGAAUCAUACGUUGAAGGCAUUCUGCCCGGAGUCGGAGUGGAGGGUGGACAAGCCGAAAGUUCCGGCGAAACUAGCGGACCACCCAGUGGGUCCCCUGACGGGGGAGCUCCUGCUGCUGAGGGCAGUGGAGAGAUCACUGAAGAUAGCAGUGAGUCACCUGACGGGGGAGCUCCUGCUGCUGAGGGCAGUGGAGAGAUCGCUGAAGAUAGCACCGCUCCGGGUGCGGAUGUUGGCACAGCUGAGAUCCCUGCCGAUGGCGUUGACUCCAGUGGCGAUUCUGCUGAAGGAGAUCGCCCACUCGAAGGAGACGAAAUUCUGAGCCAGGGAGAUAACACCAUCUCAGGCUCUGGAACCCAGGAAAUCCCUGGUGCAGGCGAAUCGGUCUCAGAGGUCAGUGGCGAAUCUGAGGUAACGGAGGGGGCACCUGGCUCGGGAGAAGCAGUUACUGAGCCCCUGUUUCCUUCCGAAGACGAGCUGGUAGGAUCUGGAGGCUCCAGUGACGAUCUUCCUGAACCUCUCGGAGAAGUUGGCCAGGAUGGUGGUGAGGUCACCGAAGAAGCCACCGAAGUAACCGUUAUUGAGGGAGGAGAGAGCUCCAUCCUGGAGGGGAGUGGCCAAGAGUCUGCUGUUAGCCCCGUGGGGGAUGCGGACACGCCGGUUGCAGAGGAGGCUGUCCCUGGCUCAGAACCUGCUACCGGAAGUGAGACCACUCAGGAAUCAAUCGAUGGAAGCCCUGAGGGCUCUGCCUCGGGUGCUGACAUCGAUGAGGAAUCUUCGGGUGGCACUUAUGAAGAAGACGAUUCUGGUAGCGAGACCACGGAGAAACCCACAGAUGCGGUUAGUGAGGGUGUUGAUCCUGGAAUUGAUGUCGUCGAACAAUCAUCUGGUGAGAUUUCUGAUGAAAAUGUUCCUAUCAGUGAGACCCCCGGAGGAACUUUGGUUGAUAUUCUUGAAGGGAUUGUUCCGGGCAUCUCCUGA